AUGACGAUUGUGCACACAGUACUCCUCAAAUUUCGACCCGAAGUUACUGAAGAGCAUAAAUCCGCCUUCAUAACUGAGCUUAAGGCACUCAAAAGUUUGGAAUGUGUCAAAGAUAAUCGGCUGUUAGUUGGCGGCCCUUCAAUCACAGAUCCAAUUCAACGGAGCAAAGGCUUUGAGUUUGCCCUCGUCAGUUAUCAUAUGAAUCGGCAAGCACUAGAUGAAUACCAAAGCUGCAAGGAGCACAAAUGGUGA